AUGAAUAAAAUCCAAUAUAAUAAUUCACUUUUAAAUAAAUUAAAUUUAAUUAAUUCGACGGACGGUCCAUUCUUUUGUAUUGAAGUUUCCCCUCCAAAAGAAAUUAAUAAAAUUAAUAAUUUUAUUUCUUCAAUAAAUAAAUUAAUUAAUAACACUUCAACAAAUAAUUCUUUUUUAUUUUUAAGUAUUGUUGCACAUGCUGAAAAUAAUCCAACCGAUCUUUCAUUACCUAAUUCUUCAACUUCAAUUGCCUCAAAAAUAUUAAAUGAAAAUAUUCUUCCUAAAAAUUCUCAUUUAAUUCUUCACAUUACAGGAAAAAGUUUUAUUAAUUUCCCUCACUCAUUUGUUGACAAUUAUUUUACAAAACUUAAACAAUUGGGAAUUAAUAAUUAUUUUGUAUUAAGUGGAGAUUCGCCAAAAAGAGAAAAUUAUAAUUAUUUGAAUUAUAAUUUAGAGAUUUCACCAAAAUCUCCCCAAUUAGAUUCCCUUCAUUUAAUUAAAAGAAUUAAAUCAAAUAAAUUAUCUACCAACAAUUUAUUAACAUUUGCUGUUGCUGGAUAUCCAGAAUGUCAUCCUUUUGCUUAUAACAGAAAUACUGAUAUUUUAUUUUUAAAAAGAAAAAUUUGUGAAGGAAAUGCUAAUUUUGUUAUUUGCCAAUUCUCACUUGAUAGAGCAGAAAAAUUUUUUCAAUUUGUUGCAGAUUGUAGGCAGGCGGGAAUUAAUGUUCAUUUUGUACCUGGAAUUUUACUUUUUCAGGUACAGUAG